AUGAAAGCCGAGGAGAACCAGCCAGGUGAGCGACUACGGCUUGGCAUCCUUCAUUAUGCGUUUGUCCUCGCUUCUGAUUUCUCGGCUCGUGUACGCCCGAGGGUUCGCUCCUGGCUACCGUAUGCCAGCGUUCACCCCGAGAUCUUCCAACAAAACAUCAAAGUUGCUGGCGCUCUAGGCGCAGGCGAGAUAGAACUCCUCCCCUUCUACGCCUAUGGCUCCGAAGUACCUGGGGCAGAUUGGACGACGUAUGGCUUCGGCACGCCAUCGUAUCUCAAGAUGUUCAAAGCUGCUCUGCAGGCUCACAAAGAAGAAGCAGGCCUUGCUAUGGACUUUCACCUUGGUCCUGAUCAGGGGCAGGGUGUACCUGAAAAGUACGAUGAUGUGGGACUUCAGUGGGACUUGAGCUACACGCGUGCGCCGUCAAUUUGCACCGCCGAUGUUCCCUCUUCGAUCAUUGGAUAUAACCACAGCAGCGCAGGAGACCUCCACUUGCACGUCGCAUCCAACGGCGGUGCAAAUGCAACACUCCCACUCUCCAAUGGCAAGAUCAUUGCUCAGCUCAGGAACCGCAACAUAGCCUCGACCAUCACUCUCGCCAACUGGACCCUUAAUCUUGAAAUUCGGGACUACCCUGUCAAUCUUGGCGAUGCCUCGCUCAAUCUUCGGCGAGCUCUAGACGGGAUGGAUUCGUCCGGUGGAUAUGUUCAGAGGCUUUGGUGGAUUGCCUAGGACAAUAGACAAUGGACUCAUUGGAGAGGUAGUUGUGGUUUCAUAUGUAGACGUUCAUGUAGGGUGAUCAUCGUGCGCCAUUGGACUUUGUACCACUCGACCAUAUUUCUCGCGAUGGGGAUGUCAAUGAGAUCGUCGGUCGGAGAACAAUCGAUAAGGGCGGAAAAGAAGAACGAAUCCUCCACGUGUCGCAACCUAAACUUCCACACCAAUGCAGAAGAAGGAAAAGAAGCAAACAAACCAGCCUUCAUCUCGUUCCCAUUUCCUGCAAUCAUCCCGAUCACCCAGCA